AUGGCAGUCGCGGUUCAUUAUUGUCACUUGUACUCUAAUUUUCUUGUUCAAGCAGUGACUGGUCAAUGGGGCGUCAAAUCGGGUUAUGGGUUCCUCGAGACGCAAGAAGACGCACCUGAGAUCAUUCUCCUAACUUCGAGGGAUGCAAGGACCCAGACGGGCGUUUUUGGCUACACACCGCUACGUCAACUCAAGACUUUCAAGGGAAGAAUUUUUGGCUUCCCAACAAGAACACAGCCGGAGGAAAACUAUUUCGCUUUUAACGAUCUGCCCGCCUCGCUGGUUCUGAGCUUCUUGAAGCACUACCUUGGUGACCUGUCACGAGGGCUCUCGCACAAGUCCCUCUGUCCAUCUGACCACCGGGACGCGUACCCUGCAUCUCCCUCUGACCCUCUAGCUGUUAGAGAAGUGGCUAUCAUCAAAUCGCCCUCUAUUAGCUCCAGCCUCAAUCUGGUACCUAUCUCCGUCAAGGACGAGUUCCAGGCCCAUGAAGACAGGCGAGGGGCCGUUCUCGUGAUGCACCAGUCCCUGCAGAAAUAUAUCUCUCAGGGAAACACCGCGUGCGUGAUCCCCGAGCAGAACGAGUUGAGGGACAAAUAUCUCGUCCACGAGCCUGUAUACUGCCUUGGACCUUGGUUGACCCCUUCCGUUGCCUUUGAGGAUCGGGGUGCACUGCUCUGGGGAACAGCAGUGUCCAUCUUCGUUUGGUUUUAUGGUCACAUCUGCAACAUCCUGCAUUCUAUACUAUCUUCGGUUUGGCAAUACAGGAAGGAUGAUUUCCCCCUUUCACUUCGUGCUCUGUUGACACUUCUGAUCCUCAGGAACUCUUCCAUUUGGCUCUGUGGUCCCCCCGCUACUCUGACGAUGUGAUUAUCGCAAGCAUCCAGACCAAUACUUGCUUCUGUUGCUUUCAUGCUCAUGAUUACUCCCCUCCUGUUUGAAGAUCGGGUCGUCACCAACGCUAUGUCUAGUCGCCUUAGUAGUUACCUGCUUUUUCGCUGGACCUUUUUCGCUGCCCGAUGCCGAUUUACAUGAUGAGCUCAUGGGCACCAGGGCAUCAUAGCUGUCGCGCUUGCAGCUAGACCGUUCUCUUUUAACUGCUCCCGCGUACACAUAUCAUAAGAAUGCCGUACAUACAGUAUUUGACAUCAUGCCUAAUGCGCUGCCUCAGAUCCAUCAAGUCUUCCCGUUAAC